AUGUCUGUCCAUCAUGGUGUUGUCGACCAAAGCACUCUCUCGUCUCGCCCACCGAAAGAGGUCAUGCAAGAGGUGAUCAAUGUAUUGUUAGAAAUGGGCAUCGACGUGAAGAGGGAGAACGAGUUCAAGUUAAGAUGUGUAAGAGUGAGGAGGAGAAAGGCAGGACCCAGUACGGGGUUGGGUCUGGGAAGCCCCACAUCUGAUAACCGAGGAGACAUUCGAGAGUCGGCUGACAUCCACAGUGUCGACUCGGGUGACGAAGUCAAAUUCCACGUCGAGUUGUGUAGGAUCAAAAACCUUCCCGGACUCUAUUCACUUACUAUCAAACGUAUCAAAGGAUCAGUAUGGUCUUUCAAAUUUAUCUAUCAAACGGUUGUUGAGUGA